ACUCUCAAAGGGUCACAUUUGGUCCAGUCACACACACAGGACAAUCACAAUGCGGUGUCUGCUUUCAGCUUAUCUUCUGCCUCUGAUUCUGCAUUCAUGCACCGGUGCAGACUGGUGCUACCAGACACAAGUGAGCUGUGAUGCCCACUGUAAAGGUCCAGAGAAAUGGAGAGAAGUCAAUGCAGACUGCGGGAGCAACAGACAGUCACCCAUAAACAUAGUGACCAAGAAAACCAAGCUGGACGAGAGACUCACGCCUUUUAGAUUCACUGGAUACCAGACCGUGUUCGAUGGCACACUGAAGAACAAUGGACACUCGGUUCAGGUCAGUAUUCCCAUCACAGCCACUGUUUCUGGAGGAAAUCUGGCAGAAGCGUAUAAAGCUGUGCAGUUUCACCUGCACUGGGGCUCCAGCGGCGGCCCGGGCUCUGAACACACCAUUGACGGAGAGCAGUAUCCAAUGGAGCUGCAUAUUGUGCACAUGAAGCAGAAAUACAUCAGGAUUGAAGAUGCUCUCAAAGACCCGUCUGGAGUGGCUGUGCUGGGAUUCUUCUACGAGGUGUCCAGCAGCACAAACAGAAAAUAUGACCUGUUCACACACGCUCUGCGCAGCGUACAGAACACAAAUGGAAACACGACUCUUCGUAAGAUCUCACUGAAUCAGCUCAUCCUGCCUGAAGUGAACAUGACCAAUUAUUACCGGUAUGAUGGGUCACUGACCACACCGGGCUGCACCGAGGCUGUGGUGUGGACGGUGUUUGAAAAGCCCAUUCCCUUGGACAGGGAACAGCUUCAGGCUUUCUCCUCUCUGAAGUUUCGUGAUGGGAAGCCAAUGGUCGGGACGUUCAGACCCGUUCAGCCUCGUAAUGGGCGAGUGGUUUAUCGGUCCAGAAGUGUGACCCUAUCGGUCAGUGUUUUCCUUUUGCUGGCCUCUGUCAGCACAGCAUUCACCAUAACCAGACUCGACUAACUCCAACAUUCCCAACCAUCACCAACACAAUGAGUCCUCCACCCACCAGCGCACCAGCAGGACAACCACAGAAUAAAACAACUACAGGAGCAGAACUGCAUGAGUAGAUGACCAUAGCUCUCAUAGCUGGACUAAAAACACCCGUGGAGCUCUGACGGCUAGAAAAUGCAUGACCUUUACUAUUAUAGAUACACACACAGCAGUCUAUAUUUGUUAGGCCAAAGUGUUUUGAUGUGCAUUACAAACACACACAAUGAUGAUCAGCUCCCACAAACACUGAUGACACUGAGGUCAAGGGUCAAAGGUCACUGAGUCAAAUAGAUAAGAGAGAAACCAUGCCAAGUAAACACUUUAUAUUCACACAAACUAAUUAAUGUUAUGGAUAUUUCAUUCUGUGUGUUUUUAAUAGAGAAAUUAUUAUUUUUAAUUUAGAAGAAAGACACUGGAGUAAAGCUACUUAUGCUUUACCUACACAUAAAUACAUACAUAUAUACAUACAAACAGAUACACGUACAACCCCAAAUCUGAUAUAGUUGGUACAGCAUGGAAAAACGUAAAUAAAAAAAGAAAGUAGUGAUUUUUAAAUUGAUUUUGACAUGUAUUUUACUGCAGACAACACAAUAGACAUUAUUUAAUGUGUCCCUCAUGAUUUCUAUUGUUUUUUUUCUAAAUGAACACGUAUUUCAAUUUUGGUUCUUGGAACACAUUUAAAAAAAGUUGCAUCAGUAAAGCAUUUACCACUUUGUAAUGUUGCCGUUCCUUUUCCCAACACUUAAAAGACGUUUAGGGACUAAAGACAGCAAGUGAUGAAGUGUUUCAAGUGUCAUUUUGCCCCAUUCUUCCUGAAAACAAGUAUUAAGGUGAGCAAGAGUACGGGGUCUUCGUUGUCCGCAUUUUGCGCUUCAAAAUGCACCACACAUUCUCUAUUGGAGACAGGUCGGGACUGCAGACAGGCCAGUCUAGUUCCUGUAUCCUCUCCCUCUGUAGCCAGGACUGUAAUGUGUGUAGAAUGUAGUCUUGCAUUGUCUUGUUGAAAUAUGCAUGGGUGUCCCUGGAAAAGAAGGCAGCAUAUUGUGCUCCAGAAUGUAGUUUUCAGCAUUAAUGGUGCAUCACACAAGUGCAAGUUACCUUUGCCCAAGGCACUGACACAACCCCAUACCAUGACAGAUGCUGGCUUUUGGACUUGUUGCUGGUAACAGUCUGGAUGAUCCUUUUCUUCUUUGGUCCGGAGCACACAUCAUCCAUUUUUCCCAAAAAAAACACCUGAAAAACUGAUUCAUCUGAGCACAGUACACAUUUCCACUGUGUGAUGGCUCAUCCCAGAAGCCUCUGAGACCAGAGAAGUCGACGGUGCUUCUGGACACUGUUAACAUAGGGCUUCCUUUUGGCACAGUACAGUUAUAUCUGGCAUUUGUGGAUAUAACUGCGUGUUGUGCUACUUGAAAAAGGUUUGCUGCAGUAAUCCUGAGCCCAUGUGGUGAUAUGGCUUAUAGAUGAAUGAAGAUUCUUGAUGCAGCGCCGCUUGAGGGGUCGGAGAUCACGGUUCUUCAACUUAGGCUUGUGCUCUUGUCCUUUACUCACUGAAAUUCCUCCAGAUUCCUUCAAUCUUUUAAUGAUGUUCUGCACUGUUGAAGGUGAAAUAUCCAAAUGUCUUCCUCUCUUUCUUUGAGGAACAUUGUCUUUAAACAUUUCAAUCAUUUUCUCACGUAUUUGUUGGCAAACUGGCGAUCCUCGGCCCAUCUUUGCUCCUAAAGGACUAGACCUGUCUUGGAUGCUGCUUUUGUACCAGAUCAUAAUAACAAUCUUCUGUUGACAUCACCUGUUUCACAUCACAUCAUUAUUUCACCAGUUUACCUGAUUACUGCCCUAAACUGCUCCUGUCACAACUGUGCUGCAGGUCUAAAUGAGAGGAAAGGAUGUAUAUUAACAAAUGAAAUGAAGUCAACAUCAAAACAUCAAAUAUUUAGUGUUCAUAUUGUCUGAAAUACAAGUCAAAGUACAUUUAGAAACCACUUCUUUCUUUUUUUAUUUGUGUUUUCCAUACUGUCCCAACUUCUUCAGAUUUGAGGUUGUAAAUAACAAAGUUCAAACAAAAGUUAGAAGAUUUAAAACAGAAACUAAUUUCCAAUCCCAACACAUGGACACCUUUGUCCUUCUGAUAAGUUAAAAUAAAACGCUCUAAACGACAAUACUUUUUAUUUGAAAUUAGCAAGAAAUGUUAUCAGGGCUUUAUGGAAUAAAACAAAUAUUAUAUUAAGAUAUUUUCCCGAAGCUGUGUAUUAUGACACUCUCUGACAUACACACACGCAUACAAGUCCCUGAAACAAAAAUCAAACAAAACUGUAAGUGAUUAUAAAAAAUUUGCCAUAGCUGCAGUUCUUUAUACACACACACACACACGCACACACACGCACACACACACGCACGCACACACACACACACACACACACACACGCACACACACACACGCACACACACAAAAUAUUUGUUGUGUUAAAAUGAGCUGGAAUUGAUCAAAGUUUUACAACAUUUACACGCUUCAAGAAUCCUAAAGUUUGAUGUUCAGACAGAAAUACUAUUGCGACUGUGCUGCAGUCUGAAAGAGGACACAUGACUUGUGUUUAUGAGCUUCUGUGAGACACAAAUAACGAAAUAUACUUAACAUUAUUAGUAUUUUCGAAACACUACAAAUCCGGGAAACGUGCAACUUCCAUAGUCAUGAGGCACAUCGAUAUUAUCUUAUUUUUUACACAUGAAUAUGUAUGUAUGUUUAUGAAAAUUGCGCUCUGAUAUUUGCAUUGUGGCUUGAUGAAACUAAACACAAACUCUGAACACUAAGCAUCACUGCGUUUCUUUGCCUGUGCAAAUUCAACAUUUAUUCUUUAUUAAGGCUGAAAACGUGUUAGAUUUAUCAGAUUUAUCAGAGAUUUGUAAUGAUAACUUCAUAACUUCAGUAAUGAUAUUAUGACGAUGUACUGCUGAAGAUGUGGACAAUAUGGACAUUCCUGUAUGAAAAUAAACGUAUUUACUUUUUAAAUCAGA